AUGGUGAAGGAGGAGUGCAAAGCGCUGCUGGACGCGCUCAACAAAGUGACCGCCUGCUACCGGCACAUGGUGCUGACCAUCGGCGGCACCUCGGACUCGCAGAACCUGCGGGAGGAGCUGAAGAAGACGCGGCAGAAAGCCCAGGAGCUGGCGGUGGCCAACCGCAACAAGCUCACCACGGCCUUGCGGGACAAGACGGCGAGCAAAGAGGACAAGGCGGAGUUCGAGAGGCUAUGGGUCAUCUUCUCCACCUGCCUGGAGAUCCUGGAGACCGACAUGCGGAGGGCCCUGGAGCUGGGCCAAGAGUUCCCCCUCAACGUGCCCAAAAAGCCUCUCAUCCAGACGGGGAUGAGCGGCGGCACCUCUGGGGUCGCCGCCAGGGCCAUGAGCGUCCAGAACAUGAAGUACGAGGCGGACAACAACAUCGACGUGGUGGACUUGAAGGACUUGGAGAACGAGAUCAACCAAGUGGGGGAGAUGAUGUACGAGAUGGAGAUGAAAGUCAACGUCCCGCAGUGGACGGUGGAGGCCAAGCAGGACCCCGGGGCGGAGCUGAAGUCCACCAUCAGCGUGGGCGCCUCCUCUAUUGGCAUGAUCGAGGUGGAGGAGAACAAGGCCUUUUGCGACGUGAGCAAAGUGCUCGCGGGCAUCAUUUUCACUGCCGUGCUCCUGAUCGCCAUCAUCCUGGCGGUGUGUGUUGCGAAACUCUCCUAAGGCUGGUGGAGGGCCAGAUCCAGAAGAAGACUGUUUCUUGGGAGGUGGUGAGGAGCCAGGUCUGUGCUCUCAGGUUUCUAAGGAAAAAGGAGCUAGGGGCUUGAAUCCCCCUGCUGGAGUGGGCAUGUGGCCUAUCCAGGUUAUCUGCGUGGGGUGGGGGGAUUUUGCACAUUAUGUUAGCUUGAAAAGACCAGUCGACUCAAGGUACACCUCCGCUUGCAUUUGAAACAGCGACACUCAGAAAGGCACCGUGUCUGUUCACUGGUCCCUUCAUGGUUAAUAAUAUAUGGGAAUUACAACUACCAGCCAUAGUAGGGAUUUGACUGCUAUUUAUAGAUGACUGUUCUCAGUAAUCGGAAACAAAUAUUGUUUGGGAAUAGUAGGGUCGGAUUUCGGUCCAUGUUUACAAAGUGGGUAUGAAAUGCACAGGAUUUGGGGUUGGAAGUAAAUUGGGGGGGCAUGGAAACACUUAGGCAUCCUUUCCACCUUCCUAUAUCCCUUUUAAAUCUACUUUUAUGAAGCCUGAGAAUCUGUGUGUGGAACCAAAUAGGAUAGAGACCUGAACACUUUGGAGGGAGUGGGGAUAGAGGAUCUAAAUAGCACUUCUUGGCACCACACACAAUGUGAAAAGUAUUCCAGAUGAGGGGCAGAGGGGAUAUUAAGUACCAUUUGCAGAGAUCUUAAGAAGCUCUUUCGGUCCACUGUUGCAUAACAUAUUCCAUCAUUUAUAUCCUACUGGGGGUGCUUUGCGGCAACGGUGCAGAUUCUUUGUUCAUGCCACUCGGUUUAAUUGCUGAUUUGGCUGGAGGACCAACUUGGCAGAAGGUAUGUCCCAUUCUACUCAGUAGCUCUUAACUUGCAAGUAUGUGGCAUUUACUUCUUUGAAAUCUGUUAGGGUUGCAGUCCUAUGCACACUUAUUCCCAGGUAAAUCUAACUGAACUCAAGAAGACUUCUGAGUAAAUUUGCAGAGGAUCAGGCUGUACAUCUUCUCUGGGCUUUGUGGUUUGUGCAUUGCGGCUAAACGAUGGGGUUUACUGAUCAACUCAACUGGAAUACAGCAAGAUACUAAGCGUGCCUACUCAGAAAUAACUUCUGUAAGGCUUACUGUCUGGUACAUGUGCUUAGGAUUGAAGCUCCAAGUGCAGGCCAGUUUAAAUUUUCAUAUUGGAACCUCACAAUGCAAUCCUGAGCACACUUCUAAGGAAAGUAUUUUUUUAAGUGUAGCAGAACCUUAUAAAUCAUGCAAUGUUCACUCUCUCCUGUGUUUCUGUGAUGCAAAUUGAGAGGCCUGAUCUCACGUUGACAGUCUAAGGCUUGCACAUGUGCGUCUCCUAUUACUGUUAAUGGGAUUUCUGUAUGUACCUGCAGGAAUCAAGAUUAGAACCAAUCUUAUAAUCUUGACAGGCCCAAGUACUCACACUAUUGUGACUAGUAUGGCAGUGAUUGGACUUGUCGCUGACCUGAGGCUCCUGAAACUUGAGCAUGGAAGUAUAUAAACAUUAUGGGAAAGUAGGGCAUUUCCCCCUUUUGAACAAUAUCACAAAACAAUUGAGUUUUCCAUAGGAAUAGACCAUUUUCUAAAGCAAUUCAUUAUCUUUAAGAUGCAUACUGUAGAUUUUAUAAAUUCUUUUUUUUAAAGUGGCUUUCUGAGGUACAGCCAGAAGUCUGUCUGAAAUAGCUCUUAAGCUAAAGUGCUGCAUUUUAUUCACAACAAUGGCUUGCUGAGAACAAUUUAUUCAACAUUCCGUUUUUGACUGUGCUCAAUCAUAACUACAAAGACUAUUUUUCCACUUCUCUCCUCUUCAAUGCCAAUUAUUUUUCUAAGCAUCAAAAACUAACAUGAAACCCAAUCCCAAGCAUGUUUAUUUAGAAGAAAGGCCUACUUAAUGCAGUGGGACUUACUGCCAAGUAUGUAUAAGACUGCAACCUUGGAUAGUAAGCCUAAGGACACUUUUUGGAAAUAAGCCCUAUUGAAUUCAGUAGGACUUAUUUCUAAGCAAGCAUGCUGAGGACUACACUGCACAUUUGUAUGUGCAGUGGUGUAGUGG